AUGAAUAACCAGUCGAUGACCGGGAGGACCAUGGUGCCGACCAUUCCGUCUGUUAUGUUUAUCUUCGGGGUGGUUGGGAAUGUCAUCGCCAUCGUGGUUCUCUGCAAGACACGCAAAGAGCAGAAGGAAACCACCUUCUACACGCUGGUGUGUGGACUGGCCGUCACGGACCUGCUGGGCACGCUGCUGGCCAGUCCGGUCACCAUCGCCAUCUAUGUGAAGGGCUCGUGGCCCGGGGACGACCCGCUGUGCCAGUACUUUGGAUUCACCAUGCUGUUCUUCUCUCUGGCGGGACUCAGCAUCAUCUGUGCCAUGUCGGUGGAGAGAUACAUCGCUAUAAACCAUGCGUACUUCUACAAUGAUUAUGUGGACCAGAGACUGGCGGGUCUGACUCUGCUCACGAUCUACAUCUCCAACGCGCUCUUCUGCGCUCUGCCGAUCAUGGGCUUCGGACAGGUGAAGAAACAAUACCCGCAAACCUGGUGUUUUCUGGAGUGGAGGAGCAACAAGACCAGCGAUGCAGCCUACUCCUACAUGUAUGCAGGUUUCAGCUCGAUCCUGAUUCUCGCCACUGUCAUCUGCAACGUGCUGGUGUGUGUGGCGUUGAUAAGGAUGCAUCGGCGCUAUGUGCGCAGGAUGUCGCUGGGGACCGACAUGGGGCGCAACGUGGAUCCGCUGAGGAGAGGACGCAGCUUCGGGCGUCUGGCCGGUGCAGAGAUUCAGAUGGUCAUUCUGCUAAUAGGCACAUCGGCAGUGGUGCUCAUCUGCUCCAUUCCCCUUGUUGCGCAGGUGUUUUUGAACCAGCUCUACAAAACUCCAGUUGAGAUGAACUUGGAGAAAAACCCAGAUCUGAGAGCGAUCCGCUUCGCCUCCUUCAACCCAAUCCUGGACCCCUGGAUCUACAUCCUGCUGCGCAAGGCUGUUCUCCUCAAACUCAUUGAGAAAAUCAAGUGUCUGUUUUGCAAAAUGGAAGAGAGGGGGCAACAGAGACAGGGAAACUUCCCCUGCAUUGAUGCUCAUCAGCUCUCCUCGCUCUCCAACCGAAGCUCUAUGCGAGAUGUCAACAGCACCUCCCAGACCUUCCUCUACUUGCCAGGGGGAUGUGAGGUGUACCCUGGAAGCUGUCAUAAAACAGACAGACUCUCUGGCUCUCGACCUUCCUCGGGCAGAAACUCACAAGCUUCUUUAUCCUCUGAGCAGGGCAGCAUUGAAGCUCAGAGCAGAGAAGGGACAGAUGUAAUCAGGGACCGUUCAGCCUUGCCGUGUCCAAAAGAUCCUGCAAUCCAGAUGUCACUGAAGUCUGAGACAGUGGAGGAGAAAUGCAUCUGA